AUGUCCGCUAGACCACAAGUUUCUGUCGUUGCACUUUCCGGUGAAGUCACCUCCACCUCUCUUCCAGUUCCAGCUGUUUUCAAGGCUCCAAUCAGACCAGAUGUUGUUCACACUGUUUUCACCAAGAUCAACAAGAACAAGAGACAAGCUUACGCUGUUGCUGAAAACGCAGGUCACCAACAUUCUGCUGAAUCUUGGGGUACCGGUAGAGCUGUUGCAAGAAUCCCAAGAGUUGCUGGUUCUGGUACUCACAGAGCUGGUCAAGCAGCAUUUGGUAACAUGUGUAGAGGUGGUAGAAUGUUUGCUCCAACCAAGAUCUGGAGAAAAUGGCACAUCAAGGUCAACCACAAUGAAAAGAAAUACGCAACUGCUUCUGCUAUUGCAGCUUCUGCAGUUCAAUCUUUAGUUCUUGCAAGAGGUCACAGAAUCGAAAAGAUUGCUGAAGUCCCAUUGGUUGUCUCCGAUGACUUGCAAAACGUUCAAAAGACCAAGGAAGCUGUUGCAGCUUUGAAGGCUUUGAAUGCUCACAGAGAUGUCAUCAAGGUCAUCAAGUCCAAGAAGAUGAGAGCAGGUAAGGGUAAGAUGAGAGGUAGAAGAUUCACCCAAAGAAGAGGUCCAUUGGUUGUCUAUGCUCAAGAUAACGGUUUAGUCAAGGCCUUCAGAAACGUUCCAGGUGUCGAAACCGCUAACGUCAAGUCCUUAGGUUUAUUACAAUUGGCUCCAGGUGCUCACUUGGGUAGAUUCAUCAUUUGGACCGAAUCCGCAUUUGCAGCUUUGGAUUCCGUUUACACUGCUUUGCCAGCUAACAUUGUCUCUAACACCGACAUCACCAGAGUCAUCAACUCCGAUGAAGUCAAGGCAGUCUUAAAGGCAGCAGGUCCAGCUCAAACUAAGAAGACCGCUUCCUUGAAGAAGAACCCAUUGAAGAACAAGCAAAUCUUGUACAGAUUGAACCCAUACGCUAAGGCCUUCUCUGAAAAGAAGUUAGGUUCCGCUAAGGCACCAGCUUCAAAGUCUGCUGACAAGUCUAAAUUCUUGGAAGUCUUCAAGUCUGCUUAA